AUGGCAGCCGGUAAACUGAAGUGUUGGCAGUAAGCUAAAUGGAUAACGGAAGUAGAUUAGUGUAUAUUUAUCAAAGCUAGACCGGCAAUGCAGAACACUAUACAUUUCUGAUACCUCAAUUUCGAGAUUUAAUCAGGGAGGGCUUCAAAAUGGCGCUCGUCUAUGAGUUUGUCUGGCGGGUUCUCCACGUCCUUCUUCACGUUCAUAGAACGCUUAUUACUUGGUUCCGAAUCCGCAUUCGGAAUUGGAAUUCGCGGUUAUGGCCACGAGCGUUAGCAGCGCUUCUCAUGCCGAUAGCUGUCUCGUUUCCCAACCAGAAAAAGUUCGUUCCAGGUACGGGAAAACGCGUUUGUCGUCCGUAUCGCUGGGGGGCGGAUGGCAAAUCCCUAGAGAAGCUACCUCUCCAUAUCGGCUUGUUGAUAGCCGAAGAGGAGCCGAGGUACACUGACAUUGCCAACCUUGUUGUGUGGUGCAUGGCAGUCGGGAUAUCUUAUGUCAGUGUGUACGAUAAUCAAGGUGUGUUCAGGAGGAACAGCUCCAGACUGAUGGGGGAGAUUGUCAGGCAGCAGCAGGAACUCCUUGGCCCAGAAGGCUCCAAGCAGCACUCAGUGGACUUCCUGCAUAACGGCACUGACAAACCAGGCCAUCAAGUGUCGUGGUGCCAGUCAGUGUUGAACGUGGUCUCUCCGGAUGAUGGGAAGCCAAAGAUCGUUCAGGCAGCACAGCGACUGUGUAGAGCUGUGGAGCAGAGGGAGAAGACGUCCAAAGACAUCGACGUCACCGCGCUAGACUCUUUGCUGCGAGAGUCGGAGAGUCCACCUGAUCCAGAACUGGUUCUGAAGUUUGGCCCGUUGGAAAGCACCCUGGGGUUCCUGCCUUGGCACAUCAGACUGACCGAGUUCAUCUCCUUGCCCUCCCACGUGGAUGUCUGCUACGAGGACUUGUUCAACGCCCUGCAGCGCUACGCGUCCUGUGAGCAACGGCUGGGAAAAUGAGUGAUCGGGCCGCCCUCUCCGGAGGGAGGGGAAAACCAGGGGUGUCGGGUGGAGAGAGGGGGCCCUGCCUGGACGCCCCCUCCUCCCCACAGGUCUCUAUGUUUACAGUACAGGUACCAGAGAGCAAGCAGCCAGCCGGACUUCGUACUGUCCCAUCACAUCACACUUCAGCCCGCCUCCUUCAGUCACAGUGCUCCUCUGACAGCCCGACACUUUGGCCAGGCAACCUCUGUGAGGUGCGCUUGCUAGUGGGAACACACAGACAAACAAACGCCACGCGCUGAACAUCUGCCGGUUUGGAGGAGGAGUCCCCGCCAAUACCCGAACAAACUGGAUUAACCGGAAACCAACAUCACCUGACAAGGCCGCAUUAGCAAUAUGGCGUAAAUCUACUGUUGCUUCGUUUUUCUGUUCUCUGUGUCUGUUUGCUGCAGCUCCGGCACCUGCUGUGCCCCCUGAGGUGUGAAUGAGGAUAAUGGGUGAAGCGUUCUGCCUUGGAAGAGCAUGCAUCGGGGAGGGACCUGAGGCGGACUGUAUAGUGCUGAGCUACAUUGCUCCAGGUUGCUUAGAAAGAGACCUUGGAGACGGCUGCGUGCAGGGCCUUCCUGGAGAUUUUAACUUAAAUCUACUUUAUAUAAUUCUGUGUAAAUUGAGUGCUUCAAAUGUAACGCUUGACCGAUGUGGUUUGAGGGAGUCUUGGCUGUUUCAACAGAGGUCUCUGUAGGAUACGGCUGUACUCUGCAUGUCACGGACCUGUCACUAGAUGGCUGUGCUUAAGUUACUGUUGGUGUCUGUCUGUGUAGUUUGUGUGUGUGUGUGGGGAACUCUGACAGCACUACACCUACACUUAAUCCAGUCUUUGUAGCCCAGAGGGAUGAAAGGUAAUACAGUGGUCUGUACACAGCUUUCCCCAUGACCAGCGCUCCGCCUUUGGUGUUGAUUUGAUUGGUUUUCACUCUGCUGCUCCGUCCAUAACGUGAAGAUGACUGCAUGAGAGCUUGCUAUUCCUCAUCGCUGCUUCCGGUUCCAUGUCAAGAUUGACUGACUUAUUAGUGUGAUUUGUCUCAUUUCUUUCGUGCCACGAACCCUUAAAACCCAGAUUCAGUGUUUUAUUUCCCUUUUUGUAUCGUAAUGCUAACUGGUUAGCAGUAAGACUGAACCAACCCGAUCCCCACGGUGCUGCCAGUGGUUGGGCUGUCAUAGAAGGUUGGAUGGGCAGUGUGAAUAAUCAGAUGUUACUGAAUGGCCCAUAUAUACACUACCGGCCUACCUGCUUUGUUUGGGAUUGGAACUGCUGAUAAUGACUUGAGAAUAAUCUCUCUGUGUAAAUUAGAACCAAUGCAUAUGGUUGGUUAUGGAGCUGAUCAAAUUCUGUGCACGCCCCCUAGCGUUUUAGCCCCGACUCACGUCAGUAUUGUAGCCCCUGAACUGUGACCACCACACGGUCUACGGGCUGGGUUAGCUUUACCAUCUCAAAUUGUCAACUGGUGGUCAUUGCGCCCAAGUCUAGAUCAUCAAAUAUGGUUUCACCUUUGGAAAGCUGUUAGCUUAGGAAAAGCCACUUGGAUUCAGGCUUGCAGUUGUUCUGAAUGUACCUGCAGGAAUUCUUCAAAAGCAACAAGGAUUGCCGCAUUUUUCAAAGUUAAAGCCACUUUAAAUGCUUAAUACACAUAGUUUUUUUUCGCUGUCAGAGGUAUACAGGAGUGCUGCUUCUCCCUAAAUGUGUCUGCUGUUGGUUUUAGACGGGGCUGAGAGGCUGACGCAUGCUUCUGAGAGCCGUUCCAAACACUGUACUUCUCCUCUCUCUCUUUGAUACAGCCCUUAACAGAUCUUAACACCCCCCUUCAAAUGGAAGAUGGUUGUAUGUAGAGGUUUAAGAAGUCUUGGCUGUUUCAACAUUGUGUUAGGUGUUACGGUUUGUUUUGCAAAAAAAGACAAGGAAGCAUUCCUUCCUCUUACCUAAUGUCAUCUGCAUAGCUUUUUUCCUCUGGCGGGCCUAACUGCUACUAGCUUCUCCAAAUUUAGAGGAACACUUAUGUUGCUUUAGAGGAAUUUCUGUUUCAAAUCUGUAAGCACAAAAUACCCACCAGCCUAAUGUUCAAUGUAAAUAUUUAUGGCACUGACACACAGCAUUGGUUAGGCAAUGUCUGUCUUAUAGACCCAGGGAAGCUCUAUGGGCUGCAGGAAAACUAUAUGAAAUUCUGUAAUUGCAAGGGAGAGGGUUUUCCUUUUUACGCUUGUUAGGUAUUGAUCAUCACUUAAAUGUUAUCUAACAUGCCAUAUUUCCUUUUGGCACCCCUAGAAAUGCCUUUAAGAUUUUAGAUUGGAUCUAGUGUCAUGUGGUUAUAGAUUCAUAGUUACUCUUUCAUUCCAAUGAAUUAUUUUGUAUAGGUUUUUUGUCUUAUAGAUCCCUUUCCAUGCGGUAUCACAUUGGAGUCUUAAAGGCUGACUAUGGGCAAAAUGUGAAACAGACUGCUGUAAAUUGUAAAACUGAUCAAUGCACCAUCAUACAAUGUCACUUGAGGCUAAAAAAUAAAUCAAUAUUUGGUUUGAUUUCAGAAGUUAAUUUCCUUACUGAGCUGUACGGCUUCCGUCCAAAAAGAAAAUGGCAUUCAAAUACAGAAGGAAUGAGUGGACAGGAGACUGAAUUCCCCUCCUCUAGAUACUAGAACUAACUGGCUCAGGGGAGUGUUUUUUUUAUUGAUAAUUCAAAUUGUGAAAGCGAUGCAUUUUGAGUAUUUCAUUCCCCUAGACAGUACCUUUUAGGUAUCUUUCAGGAUGUUCUAAAAUGAUAAACAUUGAAUCGAAUGUUCGUGUUCAACCCUUUUCAUGUAGUGGGCCAUGGGCUGUUACAUGCCUUUCUUUGUCCAAUAAAUAGAUACAAAUAGGAAUUGUUAUUUUUCACUCAUGUUCCCUGUAAAAUGUUAGAUGUUCUCGGAGACAAAAACAUGCAAUAAGAGAAAAUAUUAAAAUGGGACAAAUAAUGGACAUUUGUCAUGUUAGUAAGCUCUGAGUGAAAUCUCAAAACCUAUAUAAAUGAUUUAUAAACUUCUGUAACUGCUAGAAAGUUACCUUGUUUUAAAGUGACAGACCUAUGAACAUUUAUUACUGCUGAAAUAAUCAAUUUUGAAGAGGCAAGCCUAAAACAAAUAUUUUCCUGGAGUUUGUCUUGCAAAUAAUUGUUCUGUGCCCAGCCCCCAAAAAGUUUGAGAGCUGCUUAGCUUGCAAAAGGGCUAUCUGUAAAUAGGGCUCUGCAUGCAGUACUUUGAAUGGACGAAUACAUUGAAAUAAUUACGCUUAUUUGAUCUUGUAGGAGCCUUGCUCUUGAGGGAAGUAACACACAGAGGCUUUCAAGUUGAAAACAGUGCCAAAUACACUGUGAGCUGGGGUAGAGGCUGCUCUGGGUUUUCAAAUUGUGAAUUAUGUUUACUGUGUAGUUCUGAAGUAACCAUGACAACCAUGGUGUUUAUCUGUGUAUUAUUGUAAGUAAUAUGUUAAAGUUUUUAUUGAUCCAGAAAAAGUAUGAACAUAUUACCUGUGUACCUAUUUCAAAAAUGAAGAUGGCAAUUAAAAUGAAAACUGGUUUUUAACUGCUAAUUUCA